AUGAGCUCGUCGUCGAACGCGGACCAGCGCCUGGAGCACCUCCUGAGCGCCGUGGAGAGCGAGUUCCAGAAGGGCAGCGAGAAGGGCGACGCGUCCGAGAGGGAUAUUAAACUGGCGCUGGAGGACGCCGACUUGUGGAACAAGUUCAAGGAGUUGACCAACGAGAUGAUCGUCACCAAAACCGGACGGCGUAUGUUCCCGGUGCUCAGGGCCAGCGUGAGCGGCCUGGACCCCAACGCCAUGUAUUCGGUUUUGCUGGACUUCGUGGCGGCCGACAACAACCGCUGGAAGUACGUGAACGGCGAGUGGGUGCCCGGCGGCAAGCCGGAGCCGCAAAGCCCCAGCUGCGUCUACAUCCACCCGGACUCGCCCAACUUCGGCGCGCACUGGAUGAAGGCGCCCGUGUCGUUCAGCAAAGUCAAGCUGUCAAACAAGCUCAACGGCGGGGGGCAGAUUAUGCUCAACUCCUUACACAAAUACGAGCCCAGGAUUCACAUCGUGAAGGUGGGCGGCAUCCAGAAGAUGAUCAGCAGCCAGUCUUUCCCGGAGACGCAGUUCAUCGCCGUCACCGCUUACCAGAAUGAAGAGAUUACAGCCCUGAAGAUAAAGCACAACCCUUUCGCCAAGGCCUUCCUGGACGCCAAAGAAAGAAGUGAUCACAAGGACCUGCCCGACCACGGCGUCGACAGUCAGCAGUCCGGCUACUCCCAACUGGGAGGUUGGUUCCUGCCGGGUCAGAGCCCCAUCUGCCCCAGCAGCAGCCCGCCGCAGUUCAGCGGCACGGCGGGCCACUCGUCGGGCUCGUACUGCGAGCGCUACUCGGGCCUGAGGAGCCACCGGGCCAGCCCGUACCCCGGCCACUACCCCCACCGCGCCUCCGCUACCAACAACUACAUGGACAACACCUCCGGUACCCUGGCGCCAGCCCACGACAGCUGGUCCGCCCUCCAGAUCCCAAACUCCACAGGCAUGGGCACCCUGUCCCACACCACCAACGCCACGUCCAACUCCAGUCAGUACCCCAGUUUGUGGUCCGUGGCGGGCACCACCCUCACCCCGUCGGGCUCGGCGUCGGGGUCCAUCCCGGGCGGUCUGACCUCGCAGUUCCUGAGGGGCUCCUCCUACACGGGCCUGACGUCCUCGCUGCCCGUCUCCUCGCCGCCCUCCAUGUACGACCCGGGGCUGGGCGAGGUGGGCGUGGGGGUGGGCGACGCGCAGUUCGAGAGCUCCAUCGCCCGGCUGACGGCUUCGUGGGCGCCCGUUGCCCAGAGCUACUGA